AGCAACAAAUAAUGACAGGUUCAUUUCACAGGCAAUUUCACAACCAUCAUACUCCGACUUCCUGCAGUGACACCAUGACAUUCAACUGCACAUUUGAGGCGGUGGACGAACUGAUGAAAUAUUUGGAGCUGGCCAUCUACAUUCCCAUAUUCAUCUUUGGUCUGUUACUGAAUGUCGUCGCGCUGAUGGUGUUCUGCAUCUUUAUGCGAAAAUGGACCGAGACCACGAUCUACAUGACCAGCUUGGCUCUCAUGGACCUGCUGCUACUCUUCCCUCUUCCCUUCAAAAUGCAUGCGACCAACAACAAGUGGGCGGCCUCCCUCCACCCUUUCUGCUCAGUCUUGGAGAGCCUGUACUUUGUCGGGAUAUAUGGCAGCAUCUACACCAUCAUGUGUAUAGCCCUGGACCGGUGGGUGGCUAUCUGUCACCCAUAUAAAGCCAAGUGGCGGCGCUCGCCCACAGCAGCUCUAGGGACCUGCGUGGGGGUUUGGUUGCUGGUGCUGGCAGUGCUCUUUCCAACCGUCCAUGGCUUCAGGGAGGCCGCGAAGGCCGAGUUCCAGUGCUUCCACGAGUUUUCAAACAAAGGUUGGAGCCCCCCUGUGAUCAUCUGCCUGCAGCUGUUUGGGUUCCUGCUGCCGGCCCUGGUGGUGGUCUGCUGCUCAGUGCAGACCAUCCGGGCUCUUCGGCAAUCUGGUGAGCACAGCCCUCAGAGCCGGGCCUGUGUGAGGGUCAUCUACAGCAGCCUCUGCGCCUUCCUGUUGCCUUUCACCCCGAGCCACCUCGGCAUCCUCCUGCAGUUCCUGGUGCACCAAGGAGUCAUUCAGGACUGCGACAACAAGACCAGGAUCAGCUUGUUCAUACAGGUAGCCAUGUGUCUGUCCAACAUCACCUGCUGCCUGGACGCUUUCUGCUACUACUUCAUCGCCCACGAGGUGAGGAGCUCCAAAGACACCUUCAGGAUGUCGAUCAGCCAGAGAAGAGCCACGUUCAGCACGUCAGAGGUCUGAGGAAGGACAGUUUGAGUCAGAACAUGAUGGGGUCCUCAGGAGGACCAGUUGACACAAGAUCUGGCUUCUUGAGGUUUAGGCGGGCAAUGAAAGGACAGUAGACCCUGUGUUUCAAGGGGCUGAAGAAAUGGCUGGCAGUGAGUGCGACCUCAAUUGAAAACAGAGCAGAGAAUAACUUUGAGGCUGUUGUGUUGAGGAAUUUUUUUUUUUGUGAUUAGGUUCAAUGACAGAAAGAGAGAAGGCUCCUCUAUAAGCUCAGAGAACUCUGAAGCCUGAAAGAGAAAUAACACAGCAUGAGACAUGUCUCAAAGAACCAGCAGGUCGUCCACACUGACAGCGAGACACUGGUGUGGGAUAUGAUUCAUUUGAAAGCAGAAGGAUAUUAAAGAGCACAGUCAUUUUCUCAAGAAGUGAAGUCAAACAUAAAGGACUAAAGAUCCGGGACGAUAAAAUCCGGAUUAAUCUGGUUAAGAAAAUACCCAAACUUUUCAUUAUAGAGACGGGUUCGAAUAUUAAUUUAUUUGUGAUUUAUUUAUAGACUUAUCACGCAUCUCUAUAAAAUGCAGAUAUACAUAAAAGUCAACUUCAAGCCAGUAUAUAAAUUAGACCAAAGCAAUAAAAUACAUUAAUUUCCAUAUUAAUUUAUUUAGUACAUGAAUAACCGCAUUUUAGUUGUGAUCUUGUGAAUUUAAUGCAAAUGAAAAUAACAAAUGAUUUUUAUCAAACUUUAAUAAUAAUUUCUUGACUUCUUCUUCAGCACAUUUUUUGUUGUAACGCAAAUAACAAUAUCUAUCACCGGUUUUAUAAGUAACUGUAAAUAUAGCAUCAGAAUAGCAUUGAAAUUAAAGUACCAAUAAUCUACAUCAUUAUCCAUUAAUAUAUCCGGUGGCAUGAUGAUAAAUAAUUUUGCCAUGUUUCAAUUAUUCAAAUAAAAAUAAUAUUUUGGAUGAAUAAACUUUAUCAAUAAUCCCAAUCUGAAUGAUGAGGUAAAUAAUUCAACAUAAAGUAAUCUGACGUUUUAUGAGUAGAAACUGACUGGUUGUUGUGUUUUUACAUUUCAACUGACAAAAUAUGCAAAAUGUAAAUAUCAUUUCACUUUGUACCUUUUAUUAGGACUUCUAUUUAAAACAUGCAGCUUCACGUAUACGCAUUUUCUUAAUGUUAAAAGGUUGUGAUGCUGUGAUGGUUAUCAGGGUGUUUGCUGUACAUGAAUGCUUGUUUUACGAUGGUGUAUAAUCUGUAAAAUAUUCUUUAAAACAUGAAAAUCAUCUUAUUUUUAGUUUGGUACAUUGUUUUUGUCUUGAUGGUUUUAGUUUUACACCUUCCUCCUCUCUGCUCCAGUUUUCUUUCAUUUCUUUGCUUUUUAAGACUGAAGUGAUUCAGCUUGAGCUGCAGAUUUAUAUGUAGGCUCUGUAAAAUUAAACAUGUGAAUAUAAAUAUGUAUUUAUUAGAGCUUGACAGGAAAAUGGUGUUGACGGUUUGUUUUCUUACACAAUUAGAUUAAAUUGAAUGACUUUACAAUUAUGUUAUGACAUGUCCGGUGGAUCUGUUUGGCCAUUGAAGACAAAGAAAUAUUCACUUUUAUAUUCUCAAGGCAUUACUGUGGAAACAACAGAGUCGGUUACUUGUGAGUGUGUUUUUUUACCACGAUGACGCUGCAGAUUUCUCUUCUGUAAAAACAGAAGACAUGUGAACUGAAUUAAACUGACAGAAGCUGCAAGGAAGUUCACAAGGGACAAUACAAAUUUGAUUUCCCUUUAUGAACAAGAACUUCCUUUCAUAUUAUUAUUCAUGAUGUGUGUUAUGGAAAGGUUUAGGCCUAAUUUGUCAAUUCAGUUUCAGACAAUACAUCUGUUAACUAGUUAAAUUCCCCCGUGGCUCAUCAGCCUGGUUUCCCUGAUGGAUUUAUCGGUCUUUGGAAAAAACAUCAUUCUUUUCCCCGCCUAGAUUUUCUUCACAUUGUGUGUGUUUGAAUGAGUCGGUUGCAGAUAAAAAUGU